GAGUUGGAGGCGCCAUCCAGAGGCCUGCGACCCUGGCCACCCGCCCGGCCGCCCCCGCGCCCAGGGGCCUCUGCACCCACCCACGCUGAUUUCGCGGUAGGGAAAGGCGUCUCUCGGCGGCAGCUUCUGGCAUCCCGGGCCACCUCACUCCGGCCUCUGAAGAGCUUAGUUUGCCUCUCCGGAGAGUGGAUCAGUGGCUGCCUUUGGAGCGGGCGGGUGGGCCCGAGGCGCGCCCAGUCGGAGGUUUGUUGUUGCAGAGUCGUUCCAAAGCAGGGUCCCAGGGCUCGGAGCGGCUGGGUAUGGGCACCGAGAGUGAGAGCCCAGAACCAGACUGCCAGCAACAAUUCCAGGCCGCUGUCAGCGUCAUUCAGAACCUUCCUAAGAAUGGCUCAUACCGCCCUUCCUACGAGGAGAUGCUGCGAUUCUACAGCUACUACAAGCAGGCCACCAUGGGACCCUGCCUAGUCCCCCGGCCUGGCUUCUGGGAUCCCAUUGGACGAUAUAAGUGGGAUGCCUGGAACAGCCUUGGCAAGAUGAGCAGGGAGGAGGCCAUGUCCGCCUAUAUCACUGAGAUGAAGCUGGUGGCACAGAAGGUGAUCGACACAGUGCCCCUGGGCGAGGUGGCGGAGGACAUGUUUGGUUACUUCGAGCCCCUGUACCAGGUGAUCCCUGACAUGCCGAGGCCCCCGGAAUCCUUCCUGAGAAGGGUCACAGGUUGGAAAGAGCAGGUACUGAAUGGAGAUGCUGGGGCUGCCCCAGAGCCUCCCUACCUCCCCAAAGAACCAGCACCCCCAAACCCAGAGUCUCCGACAGCCAGAGACCUGGACUCUGAGGUCUUCUGUGACUCCCUGGAGCAGCUGGAGCCUGAGUUGGUUUGGGCAGAGCAGAAGGGCGCCCCCGGAGGAGAGCCUGAAGCCAGAUACAGCUCCAGCCCCGAGCCUCUCACAGAGAAAGAGGGGCUGGAGGGCAGCCUGGUGGGACCCCAGGAAUUGGACACGUGGCUGGUGGGGACAGUUCGAGCGCUGCAGGAGAGCAUGCGGGAUGUCCAGGGGAGACUGCAGAGCCUGGAGAGUAUGCCCUGCCCCCCAAGACAGUUUCAUUAUAGACUCAUGGAUUUUAAAGAUUUGGUAUUUCAGUCAGCUGCAAUCUCCACACUUUUUGCUGCUUGGACUCAACGGCUCUGGUCAGCAGGGCUCCUUUCAAGCUGGGUCCUAAGUUCUGAUCAUAUGACCUCAACCUGUGAAAGCUCCCUUGCUCUCUGGUACAAGGUGCGCCACCGUCACCUCUACCGUCCCUGCUCCAGACCUGGACUCAGGUGCUUCUCCAAGGAGAAUUACAUUUAAAAACUAAAAUCGGAGCAUCCAGGGCUCUGGUUUGAUAUAGGCAGCACAUCCUUUCUGAUAUGGGAUCUUCAGGCCAUAACAAUGGCUCCCUGCUUUGUGGCCUAGAGGAGACAGCCCCUCAGCCUCCAGCGCCUGGGGACGCUUGCUGUCAGGGACACACUGGGGCCCCAGGGUCCAGUCGCCUUCCUUGGGGGCAGAUCCACAGGUCAGGUCUCCUCUGCUCUGCCCUCACCACCUCAGGGAGGCAGAAGGUCCACUGAGUUUCUAAGGAGGGCCAGUCCGGGCCAGUCCGGGCCGCC